UGGGGCAGGACGGGCUGGGCGCUGGCGGCCGAGCCGAAUCCCCUCCGCCGGGACGCCCCGCCGCCGCUCGGGAAGAGGCGGGCCCUGCGCGCCCUGCGCUCGCCAUGGCGGUUCGGGCGGCGACGUGAGCGGUUCCGCGGACCCCGAGUGGGGCCCCGGCCGCGAACUGAGCCGCCGCCGAGCGCCCGGGGCCAUGCGACCGACGCUGCUGUGGUCGCCGCUGCUGCUGCUCGGAGUCUUCGCCGCCGCGGCCCCGCCAGACCCUCUUUCCCAGCUGCCCGCUCCUCAGCACCCGAAGAUUCGCCUGUACAACGCAGAGCAGGUCCUGAGUUGGGAGCCAGUGGCCCUGAGCAAUAGCACGAGGCCUGUUGUCUACCAAGUGCAGUUUAAAUACACCGACAGUAAAUGGUUCAUGGCCGACAUCAUGUCCAUAGGGGUGAAUUGUACACAGAUCACAACAACAGAGUGUGACUUCACUGCCGCCACUUCCUCAGCAGGCUUCCCAAUGGAUUUCAAUGUCACUCUACGCCUUCGAGCUGAGCUGGGAGCACUCCAUUCUGCCUGGGUGACAAUGCCUUGGUUUCAACACUAUCGGAAUGUGACUGUCGGGCCUCCAAAAAACAUUGAGGUGACCCCAGCAGAAGGCUCCCUCAUCAUCAGGUUCUCCUCUCCCUUUGACAUCGCUGAUACCUCCACGGCCUUUUUUUGUUAUUAUGUCCAUUACUGGGAAAAAGGAGGAAUCCAACAGGUCAAAGGCCCUUUCAGAAGCAACUCCAUUUCACUGGAUAACUUAAAACCCUUCAGAGUGUACUGUUUACAAGUCCAGGCACAACUGCUUUGGAACAAAAGUAACAUCUUUAGAGUCGGGCAUUUAAGCAACAUAUCUUGCUACGAAACAAUGGCAGACGCCUCCACUGAGCUUCAGCAAGUCAUCCUGAUCUCCGUGGGAACAUUUUCGUUGCUGUUGGUGCUGGCAGGAGCCUGUUUCUUCCUGGUCCUGAAAUACAGAGGCCUGAUUAAAUACUGGUUUCACACUCCACCAAGCAUCCCGUUACAGAUAGAAGAGUAUUUAAAGGACCCAACUCAGCCCAUCUUAGAGGCCUUGGACAAGGACAGCUCACCAAAAGAUGACGUCUGGGACUCUGUGUCCAUUAUCUCGUUUCCAGAAAAGGAGCAAGAAGAUGUUCUCCAAACACUUUGAACCAAAGCAUGGGCCUAGCCCACCGGCUCCCUGGAAGAGAUCAUCGAGCCAUCGGAGCUGCUGGAGUUCUGUCUGGACUUUCCAGAGACCAGUAUUCCCUUUUGCUGCCUCUAAAAGGCCUGUCCCUGCAGACAUGAGAGACAGCAGGUCUCAUGGGGGUGACAAGCUUUUUUUUUUUUUUUUUUUUCUUGAAGAAUUUUCAAAAUCAAACAAGUUUCCAGAAUGAUUCUACGGAGAUAUCCCAGGAAAAUUAAGGCUUCUCUUAAACACUAAAAAGGCAUGUAAUUGCUUGUUAGCAAAAUGGAUAUGACACAUCUCUGAUGCUUUUUUCAUUAUUGGUUGGGCUGAGCAGUCAGAAGACCUGGUCUUCUUCUUGACUUUGGCAAAUGAGCCGGAGCCCCUCGGGCAGGUCACACAACCUGUGCCAGCAAGGGACACUGAGUGGCCCUUCAUGUACGUCCAUGGUGUGCUGGCUUAAAAUGUAAUUAAUCUUGUAAAUAUACUCCUAGUAAUUUAAGAUUUUGUUUUUAAACUAACUGGAAAUAAAAGAUUGUAUAGUGCAUGUUUUUUAAA